AUGCAGGAAAAGGUGUCCAGUGAGGCCAUUGAGCGCGCAACGUCGAGCUCCGGCUCGGGCGACGUAGCGCCUUCUGCUGCCACAGCCACUGCCAUUGCCACUACUUCGUCGCUCGUCCACAUCGACGUCCAUGCCCCGCGCAAGAGCUACUUCUUUGGCGCCCGGGGCAAGAGUCUCAUGCGCGCCAUCUCCUCGGCUGGCACCGUGGGCUUUCUCCUCUUUGGCUACGACCAGGGCGUCCUCGGUGGCAUCAACACCUCCGAGGACUUCCUCCGCCAGUUUAACCAUCCCUCUGACACGCUCCUCGGCACCAUCAACGCCAUUUACGAGUGCGUCCAAGACCAUGCUGCCUAA